UUCUCGAGCUCGCCGUAGCCUCCCUGUAUCUCAGCUAGGCUCCAACGGAAGUCCGUGUCAGCUGCUUGUUUCCGUCGCUCCGUACUCUCCUCGAGCGCCUGCAAGCCAAUUCGCGCUCACUCUGCACCGGGUCUCGAAGGUUUGGUCGUUCUACGAUCGCACCAGCAGCAGCGAAGGGCAGUCCCAGAUUAGAGAAGCAUUUAGGCAGGCAGUACGAGCACGACACGCAUCGUUCAUCGAAGCGAGUGACUCAACCGUUGAGACUAGCUCAGAGCCUCUGUGUGUAGGAGAAAUCAUAAAGGGUCGUCAGGCGUCGUGAGACGAACACAGCUCGUGCAAAGGCAGCGAGAAACGAGGCGAGAAAUUUGCUAGAUCCUUGCAGUGAUUUAGCCUAUUACCAGCUGCCAUUAUCAGAAUGUACAGCGGUGGUUACGCCAAUCAGACUUCUUUCAGACCCAGAGGAAACAGAGACUUUGGAAAUCGUAAAGGAGGUGGAGGUAUGUACUGGAACACCCAACAUCAAACUCAACAACAUCAGCAACAUCAACAACAGCAGCAACAAAUUGAUUUUAUCAAUAAAAAUAAGAAAAAUCAAAAGAAAACUCCUGGUGAUUUGUUGAAAAAACCAAAUUGGGAAAUCAUGGCGUUGCCUAUUUUUACCAAGGAUUUAUACGUGCCUCACCAAAAUAUCUUGUGCCGUACAAUGGAUCAAGUAAACCAGUUCAAUGCUGGUAAAGAAAUUACAGUUAAAGGCAACAACACCCCUUUCCCAAUUCAGACAUUUGAGGAAAGUAACUUUCCUGAUUAUGUCAUGAAUGAAAUCAGGAAACAAGGAUUUGCAGAGCCUACUGCUAUUCAAUCUCAAGGCUGGCCAAUUGCUCUAAGUGGACGAGACAUGGUUGGCAUUGCUCAAACUGGAUCUGGAAAGACUCUAGCUUAUAUGCUUCCAGCUACUGUUCAUAUUAAUAAUCAGCCUCGUUUAAGCCGAGGAGAUGGACCCAUUGUUCUUGUCCUUGCACCAACUCGGGAGCUUGCUCAACAAAUUCAAAGUGUUGCUCGGGAUUUUGGUUCAGCGUCGUGCAUUCGUAAUACUUGCAUUUUUGGUGGUUCUCCCAAAGGACCUCAAGCUCGUGAUCUUGAGCGUGGUGUUGAAAUCUGCAUUGCUACUCCUGGUCGAUUGAUUGAUUUCCUUGAACGAGGAACUACCAAUCUGCGAAGAUGUACUUACCUUGUACUCGAUGAAGCUGAUCGCAUGUUGGAUAUGGGUUUUGAACCCCAAAUUAGGAAAAUCAUUGAGCAGAUUAGGCCAGACAGACAAGUUCUUAUGUGGUCGGCUACCUGGCCAAAGGAAGUGCAAGCUUUAGCUGAAGAUUUUCUUAAUGAUUACAUUCAAAUUAAUAUUGGCUCUUUAAGUCUCGCAGCAAAUCAUAACAUCCGCCAAAUCAUAGAUGUUUGCCAAGAACAUGAGAAAGAAGGAAAAUUAGCCACUCUUUUAAGAGAUCUGCGAUGUGAUCAAGGCAACAAAACUAUCAUCUUUGUUGAAACUAAGAAAAAAGUUGAUGACAUCACCAAAGUGAUUAAACGUCUCGGCUGGCACGCGAUUGCUAUUCACGGUGAUAAAUCUCAACCAGAGCGCGACUAUGUUCUCAAUGAAUUCCGUAGUGGAAAAACUCAAAUCCUCGUUGCUACUGAUGUAGCUGCUCGUGGUCUUGAUGUCGAGGAUGUGAAGUAUGUCGUUAAUUUCGAUUAUCCCAAUAGUAGCGAAGACUACGUUCACAGAAUCGGACGUACUGGACGUUGUCAAAGUUCCGGUACAAGUUACGCUUUCUUCACGCCUGGAAAUAGUCGGCAAGCCAAAGAUCUUAUGUCCGUUCUUGAAGAAGCUGGUCAGCCAAUUAAUCCUAAACUUGCAGAGAUGGCAAAUACCCAACGCGGCCAAUUCAACAAAGGUCGUCAACGAUGGAACGGUCCCAACAACCGUAUGCCCGUACAUCAUAAUAACAAAGAUCAGAUGAACGGUAGUCCACGCAACAAUCGUCGCGGAAGCCCAUCACAGCAGCAAAAUGGCUGGCAAAAUAAUUUUAACCCCAACAAAAUGGGUCAGCAACAGCAUAUGAACAAUGGGCGUCCACCAAUGAUGCGUCAGCAAAAUAACUACAACAACCGCAAUCAAAAUGGAUAUCAGUCACCUCAAGGCAAUGGUUAUCAACCUCAGCAACAUCGUCAGAAUAAUGGAGGCUACCAAAAUAGCUAUCAAUCCAACGCCAAUGGGCUUCAGCAGAAUGGUUAUGGUCAACAAAAUAAUGGAAUGCAACAGCAACGUUAUCAAGGCUAUGCUGGUAGUAACAACAGCUACCAACAAGGCAGUCGUUAUGGCAAUCGACCAUCUACCAAUUAUGGUCAACCGAGGCAACAAUCGAACUCAGCUACGAUUCAACCUCAGCACACUCAAACCCAGCAACAGCAAGCUCAACAACAACAGCAGGGAAUGUAUUCCAUCCCUCAAGCCUUCAUGAUGCCCUCAGCUGCUGCUGCAGCUGCAACUGACUCAACUCUUCAGAGUAUUGUCAACAACAAGUUCUUCCAGACAAACAGACCACCAACUACGGCCAACCCUUGCGCCUAUCAGUCAGCCAUGAGUUAUGGACAGUUCCAGGCUGUACCGCCGUAUGGUUAUCCAUACCCACCAACUCCGGUACAACAGUGAUUACUCUGCCCAAACUAAUGGAUUCUUUUAACAGCGAUUUUUCUUCUACUUGCUUUAUCGCACUCUCUAUAUCACUCUAGUAAUACUACUUUGUUGUUGCAAUGGGCACUAAAAAACUUGGGUAAUUUGAAACCUCGAAUUUUUAAGGUAUAGUCCAAGAGGCAAAGCUUCAUAAAUUUAUUCAUUUUUGGUUUAUAUUAUUACUACGUAAACUAGUUAUAGUUAUUACUAUUAUUGAAUAUUUCAUUUUUUGUUUUGCGACGUCUAAAAGCACAGUUCAUAAACAAAUGCGCUGUGUUCUCUUUGUAUCACCAAAUUUAUUAUUGUUCUCGUGUUAAGAAACGAUAUAUUAACGUUCUUAAAUAAUUCUUUCUUUACUAUCGUACUUUUCUGGAAUGAUGCUAAAAAUACACUAGUAAAUGUAUCCUCCGUCGCGUCCUUGACACGACCGUUGAUCUUAAUUAUCCUACAUUGGACGUAUUUGUUUAUUAACGAAAGAAUUCAAAAUUAUGUCCAAAGAGAUGCUGAUAAUAUUUAGCAUGAAAUUUUUUUAGGAUAUAAGAAUAAUAAGUCGAUAAAUCAUUGAUUCACAAUAAAUUAUAAAAUAUCGUGAUAGUAUUUUAAAUCGGAACGAAAAUAUUCGGUUAUUUUACUAAGCACAUUCCAGUGAAGUCUGAAAGUAGAGAUCUAGUUAGUGGUGGUACAUCCAUAAUUAUAUGAUAAAUGUACCUCAUAUAUCUGCAUACACUAUGGUAUAUUAAUAUCGAUAAAACCAAUAUUCAUUGUGACCAAUUAAGUAAGUGCAUAAUCUCGUAAAACACUUGGUCAUUUUCGUGGUAAUCGAUAGUGGAAUAAUCAAUUUUUUGCGAUUGGUACGAGACAGCAACAAAGCAAAGAAAAUUCUUACAAAAAAACUAUGUGUACUAUCUGUAUGCUUUUCUGAAAUGCACGAAACAUAUAGAAGGGGAAUGGGGGUUAUAGAAUUUCUAAUGAUUUAUAAUUUAAUUAUUAUUUAACGAUAUUAAUAUAUAUCUGUUGAAUGUAUAAUAAAGGGACAAAAUAGGUAAUGCUCUUUAUAUACACAAAGUAUACAAUUGUCGACAAAACGAGAGAGAUUUACAAUAAUAGCGCACGAUAUAAAUCCAAUUAUUUUAUUCGACAAAAAAACGAAAUAAUCGUAACUAAAGAGAAAAAAAUAAGUAAUGUGACGCCAAUCACUAAACUCAAGCAGUUGAGUACAUAUAAACGUUAUACACGUAUAAAAACAUUAGGUUCUUGCUUGGUCGUACUACUGUAAUACUGCAAAAUGCCGAACGUAUACAUAAGAAACGCGUCGCUGUACUUUUUCUCACAUACACGUUUAAAGUACGCGAACGAAGCAACUUUUUCUUCCGACGAUAAGAAAUAUAAACAAGCAAAACGAGCGAUGUAGGGUACGAAAACGCUUUACGAAGGUGAAUGUUAUGUUAGGGUAUGCCACUUUAAAAAAAGUCAAAUAAACGUAUUCGAGCGGGAUUCGAUCUUUCUAAGCUUCAUAUGUAUAAAAGUAAACAAAAGAUAGGGCACGCUAAGUGUGCGACGAAUGUUAUUUUUUUUAUUUAUUAUAAUACUCCGCGAAACGAAUAACAAUGUAGUAAUACAAAACGGCGAAUAAAUGCUACGCAGCGAAAAAUGUCAUUUAAAUCUUAAGAGAAAGGAAAGCACGAGAAAUGAUUUUGAUCUUCCAUAAAACAUCGUUCAUUGAUAAAGAGCAAACCAUUAUUAUUAAGGCGCUGGACGAAUAUUAGUUGAAAUGAUAAUAAAACUUGCAUGCGCGAUGAUCGAUUUUCGAGCCACGGCAUGUGCUGUGUAUUUUGCGUAACUGAGACUGUAAUUACUACUUCGGCGAGUAGUUCAACCGUGGAAAAAGACUGGAAAAUAAGCAUUAAUCGAUCGCGUAGUCGAAUAUGGCUGUGCAUUUACCGGAGCUCGGUGCGUUGACCGAGUCUUUGGUAUUUUAUUUUUCUAUAUAUCGCAGAAUAAUCGAUUGUUAUUGUAGUUUCAAAGUUGAAAAACAAGAACGAUGUUCGAGAGAAGAUAUAAUAACUUAAAAUAAUGGACGAAGUGUUAACCAUGAUAUUUCGUUUGUCUCAAUUUUUUUUGUUGAUGUUUUGUAAUGUCAGUGAAAAGAAAACAUUGAAUAAAUUAAAGAUAAAUAAAGUAGAUUUUUCGCGAGAUAUAUAAUAUACGCAUCCACGAGGAUCGAACGCUGUGAUUCUCUUGAUAAACAAAUUUCUAGUCGCAGUAGCAGCGAUCGCUGUACAUAUGUAUUGAAAAUAAGUAUAUAAUUUUUGUAAAUAUUUAAACAUUGAUGCGAGCUAUCAAUGACUGUCAAAUUUUCCUGCAGAUCAAUCACAAUCUGAAUUUAUAUUUAUAUAUGUAUACUUGACAACUGCAACAAAAAAUUAAGUAACAGUGUGAAAUUGUACUUAAGGAUUUUUAAAGUCUUUUAUCGCAUAAAAAAAUUUUCAAACUGAUGAAUCACACUGAAUAAAGCGAAAAUGGAUAUCACGUGAAUGUCCAAGUAUAUAUAUAUUUUUUGUACACUCGCUACUUUUGCGAUGAGUAAUAAAGCUGAAAAUGUUGGAAAAGAAAAUGCGUUCAGUAAAGUCGUAUAUAAUAUUCUCGUGUAUAGAGCCGAAAAGUAAAUAUCGAUAUUAUUACUACGUUUUUUGCGAUGUGAAAUUUUGCGAAAAAUAUUGGAUUAUUGUAUAGAGAACCUUCGUAAGCGUACCCGUGUGUAGUAUUCAUUAUAUUAACUUCACGUCUUUAAGUUUAAAAAAAUCGUUUGUUUUUGUUAUCUGUGCCUAAUCACUACAUCGUACAUGAAUGAGACAAGGUAACGAAGUAUAAUCUCCAAGAGAAUGCGCCGUAUUGCAUCUAAUAGGUUUUCCUCUGUAUCGUUUAACCGUUAAAUAAGAAUGAUAAUGUUUAAUCUUCCGUUAUUCGUUUAUUUUUUUUUUUAUUAUAUUUAAUACAAAUGAAAGAAAAAUCGAAAAGAAAGUGUGAGAAACUAUAUGUAGACUAAAACUAUAUAAUGCGUUGCGCGUGUCGCAUAUUUUUAUUGCGAGCUAAAUAAUGAUCAUAACGAGUUCACGAUUGAUAACGAUUAUAUUUAUAUAUUUGAAUAAAUGCAAAGCGAAAAAAUGAGAUUUCGGGGCUAUAUCAUGUGUAUAGUGAGAAACGAAGAAAAGUUUGAUAGUCUUCGUAAUACUUCUUGAGCGAGCCUCCGGUUUGUUACUUUUUUUGUUGUUUUUAUUUUGUACGUUCAUCACUUGGUGAGGAAUUCAGUAUUUUUUUUAAUGAAAAAACGCACAGAGCUUGUGAAUCGUCAAAGCCAUUAUAAGUACGUCAUGUUUAUACUUUUUGGUAAAAGAAAAACUGGAGGCUACCGCGCACAUUUGCUCGCAUCCCGCAAAUAAUAGCCAAUUAAUUAUUCUUCUUUCUCAUGAAAGUUCCUAUUAUAUGUUGAUUUCGAAUUAUUGUCAGCUCGCGUAUUUACCUGUUAAAAAAUCAAGCGAAUGAUUUUUUUGCAUUACGGAGAAAAUGUGAAGCUGUUGAUAUAGUUGAAAAAAAUUAUAUACGCCAGUGCUGGGAUGCGCGCGUAGUUCUGUGAUAUGUAUCGACGUAUAACGUUAUUAAAAAAUAAGAACCCAAAGCGAUGACUCCAGCACGGAGUCUGUCGCAUUUCUAUCGUGAAUCGCGUUCGUAAUAAGCUUAUAUAGGAAAACGAUGUGUGUAAAAUUACAUUAUUCGCGCGUCUCGUCGUUCUUUUCAUCGUUUUAUAUAGUAAUAUAUCAAAUUGACAAAUACAUACUUGAAGUGAAAUAAAAAGUAACACAUAUUUCGACGCUUAAAAUAUUUAUUUAUAUUUGAAAAAUGAAUACUGAACAAUAACUUUACCCACCCCAUUCGAUGAAUAAAGAAUCAGGUGCAAUGGUGUCAUUGUGGCAAGUUAUGUGUUUAUAUUAUAUUGUAAUGAUUAAAGAAUUGCGAGAAAUUGGAAAAUGAAAAAAUCUCUCUCGCUCUCGAAGAUUGAUGUAUCGUGUGCUAAUAUUAAGAUAAACAAUUAUACAAGUAUAGAAGAGAAAUGUGUGAAGCAUACAGCGCCGAUGCUGUGCGCGCGAAACGCAACUAACUACCUAAGUUCCAAAGGUAAUAAAAAAGAUAAAAAAACAUCAACAAUGAGAUAUUUAAAAAUUACAAAAGAGGCCAAUCGAAUUCGCUCUACACGAUAAUUAAAGUAAUUGUAAUGGAAUAAAAAACUUGGAUAAUAGUAUAUGGGAAUUAACGAGACAAAUUUUAAUGAAUGAUGAAGUAGCCAAAAAAUUAAUAAAUAAAUGAAUGAAUAUUUGCGUUCGCUUGCGGAACGCGCUUACACACGUGAGAGCUGUGACGAACAGGUCACAGCGUUUUCAUCGUAUUAUAAAAUAUAAUUGUACCAAAAAAAAGGUAUGAAACACGUUCCUCUCUCUUUAGUUUUUGUUCGAAACGGAGUCAUAAUUAAUCUAAUGAUAAUCUUUUUAUUUUGCUCUCAACAACGUUAGUGUAUUCCCAUUACAUACGCAUCGUUGAAGGAACCGCGCUUGCGUGCGUGUAACUAGCUAAAUAUUCUUUUUACCUCUCGCCUAAUACGCCUUGAAGCUUAAAGCGAGACGGUCAUUGCCUUUUUAAAGAAAAAAAGUAAUACCCGAUGUGAUAAUUUAGUUAACUUUAAUGCGGUAUCGAGAUAACUGCACGUGAAAGGCACAUCAAUUACUAUUUGUUAUUCAGUCACAACGACAAGAUUCCAUACACGUGUUCUUGUUUAAAAUGGAAAAGAAAAAAAGUGCUUCAGUGGAAAUGUUAUUUAUUUAUCUUUUUCGACCGUACUCGAUAAUUUUUGGUAUUUACGGUGAAUAUUGUAAUUGGACAAUCGGUGUCCUUGCAUUCAUAUACAAGGUCAAAAGCCGUAAGCCCGUUAGUUUGAAUAUAUUUUUCUCAAGUCCCUACGAAUGUCUGUACAUCGUAAACGUACAGUUUCAAUGUACAAAGAUUUAAAAAAAUUGUAAUAGAUAUAUAUUUGUUAUCGGGAUAACGCGAGGGGGAAACAAAAAUCAUGGAAGACUGAAUCUCUAUUUCACUAAUUUAUCGUUCAUGCGUAAAUGCAUGAAAGUUCAUGUUUGCUCAUGCAACUGUGUAUUAGUUUAAUCAAAAAAGUAAAGAAAUAUCGUGAAAAAUUGUGUUUUCAUGGGAUUAAAAAAAAUAAAUUCGCGAUUAUUGUUGGAUAAUCGAGACGAUAAAUUUAAAGCCGUCCACGACGGACAUCAUAAUAUUUGCAUAUGAAAAAUAAAGAAACUGUGUUUCUUUCCUCAAAGUUCGAUAGCGUAAUGAGUUUGUAUAUUGCCUAUAAUAUGUAUAUUUUUUAUAUUCUCGAGCCGAGCUCUUUAAAUAAAAAAGAAUUAUUAAUUAGUUCCAAAAAGAAAAGAGUAACUACGGAUUUUAAUUUAUCUCGACGUGAGCGCGUUAAAGUUUAAAGUCGCAAUGAAGUCAUUACAUAAAAAAACUAAUAAUUGCCUCGUUAUUGAGGAUAGUUAAGGUACACAGGGUUUACAAAUGUAUAUCAUAAUAUCCAUGGAAUACAAAAUAUGACCGUUCACCCUCGCUGCUGCAUCGUUUUUUAAAGUCAUCAUUACACUUAUUAGAGAAUAUAACAUUUUAUUUUUGUUUUAUUUUUAAUUUUAAGUGCAUAAAAUUUGUGAUCCAAAUCUCGUUCGUCGAAAAUAAGUCUACAUUUUGCUUUAAAUAAAAUCUACCAGAAACUGCGUAAUCUCCGCUGUCAUUGAAAAAUCAGCGGAAAUCUGAAAGUUGCCUGUCAUUUUUUCGCGGAAAAGGUGAAAGACAACGUCACCAGAUUCUAGUCAAAAUUUAUCUAUGAUAACAAUAUGGCAAAUAGUCCCGUUACUUGAGUAUCGUAUCGAUUAUUUUCUUACUUACCUAUAAUAACUACCGCCCUUUAUGCUCGUUUAUGUUUAUGUUAGACUUGAGUUAUAACGACCCGUGAACGCGAAAUUGACUUUUUUUCAUUUGUUGAAAAUUGAAAAAAACGUAGGACUCAACAAAUCACGAGCGAUUUUUCUCUAAAGUAAAAACAAAAAGAGAGAGAGGCUUUUAUGAUAAUGAUUUCUGAAUUAUGUUCUCUUUGCUCGAGCGAUUGCUCAAUCAUUCAAUCAAACUUGUUGUUGAAAAGGGGUUUUUGAAAACAAACGGAAACAGUGAUAUUAACGAAUAAUGUAUUUUAAACGAAUAUUACUAAAGGAGAAUUAAUAUU